AUUUGGCGCUCCUACGCAAAGUCACAUAACGGCGUAAGUUUGGCUCAUUGUACAUGAAAAUUUCCUGCAUACAAUCGAAUACAAGGGCCUUGACGUCCCCACCAGGCAGCUUAAUUACCUCAAAACACGUAUAAAAGAAUGGCCUCAUAAAACUAAGGAAACGUCAGGAAAUUAGAGAGGGACGUUUUGUGUUCAACGAAGAAAAGACAGAUGUUAUUUAGCUAAGAUUUACGACCUGAACGACGCUUAAACGCGAAUAUAAUAUAAUCCGUUCAAACUAUGUUUAAACGAAGGGAGCUUUAAUCAGUCGAGAAGGUGAACUAUGUGGAUCGCGGAGGGUUCGAGAAAUCUCGUCAUUCAAAUUGGAGUAUUUAUGGUUUAUGUUUUUUUGGGAGCUGUCGUUUUUCAGGCAUUAGAGUCACACAAUGAAGAAGAGGAACGAGAAGCCAUGCUCAAAGCGAGAAACCAUCUCCAGGAAAAAUACAACAUUUCGCAGGACGACCUGAAAGUUUUCAUCAACAAAAUCGAAGAGAUUGUGGAUCAUGGUUUCAGCCAGCACUGGGUGAAAAGAUGGACUAUUCUUGGUUCUCUGUUUUUCGCGGGGACUGUUGUGACUACCAUAGGGUACGGUCACGUGACCCCUUGCACAGACGAAGGCCGUAUAUUCUGUAUCCUGUACGCCUUGGUUGGAAUACCACUGACCUGGCUUAUGUUGUCAACUCUGGCGCAGCACAUCAACGAUUGGAUCAGUAGAGCACUAAAAUGCUGCCACGAGCGGGUCCUUCAAAAGAAACCUUCAGGAAUCGGGAUCAAGACUGCAGUCAUCACACUGGCCUUGAGCGUGUUGAUGGUUUUAAUUAUAGGCUUAUUCGGGUGUUACCUAGAGGGCUGGAGAUACUUGGACGGGAUUUACUUCGGGUUUAUAACACUUACGACGAUUGGCUUUGGAGAUUUCGUCCCGCUGCACCCGUCGCCCAAUCGCGAUGCGGACGGUUACACGUGGCAUGUGGUCAUGUUUACUGUCAUGAGUAUCAUGUACUUCACUGUUGGAUUGGCCAUCGUGUCCAGUGUCUUGCUGUCAAUCAGAAACGCCAUGGAAGACAAGUCACUGGCAGGAUUCCAAAUGCUCAAGGACACUGGAGACGAGUAAGACCCAGUCUCUGUCGUCAGAGCAAGGACGACCAGGGUUCGUCGAAGCCAGCGCCGAGAUUCAAACUCUCUUGCUGCUUCAUUUUAGGACCUGCAGAAUCUCUCAGUAAUAUACAUUACCAUAAAGCUGUUAAACAGUUCAAAUGGCAAUAAAAAUGAUCACCGGUCUUUCACACGUAGCAUUGCAUCUUACUCAUCUGUAACUGUUGUUGGAGAGUGAUAUGCUCAGACCUCUGGGACGCUUGCACACUCCAGCCUCGCCUUCUCUUCCUCCCCCAAC